AUGAUUGAGUUUGCAAAAUUAUCGAAACAAGAGAAAGAGAAAUAUAUAAAAUUUUUGGUUGAUAACAAGAUUGAAUUUUAGCAAAGUGAUUAAGGAUUUACAGCAAGUUUUAAAGUAUAAAAUAAAGAAAAUGUGGAUCCGAGUCGAAAGUCAAUAGAAUAGAUAAAGCGAGCAUCUCCUCAUUAGAAAACACCAACAAGAUGUGUAUCACCUUUACGAAGAAAAUUUACAAGAGAGGAUGCAAUAAAUUUGAUAUAAGAGAUAUAUUCAAAGAAAUUUGAUGAUGCUUCAAAGUAAUUAAAGAUGAAAAAUGUUGUUAAUGAAGAUUUUGGUGUAUAUGUAAUGAGAUUUGCAUAGAACAAAUAAAUUGAUAUAAAGGAUUGUAUGUAAAUUUAGGAUGAAAAUGUAUUUCUUUUUAAAAAGUUUUUACAAAAGGAAUAUGAGGAAGAAGAUUUAAUGUAUUAUUUGUUUUUAAGAGCAAUAGUAGAAAAGGAAAUAGGUUAAUAGAUUUAUUAAUCUAAAAGAAGUUUGGAUCUUUAAAAAUAAUACUUAAGUAUAAGUUAAGUAUAAAGUAUAAUAUCUACAGUAUAUGAAAAUGAAGUAGAUGAGGUUUAGGAGUUAUUGGAAUAUUUUAGUAAGUAUUUUGAGAACAAUAGGAUAAGUGUAUUUGAUUUUAUGGGAUUAGCACUUGAUAAAUAUAGUAUUGAUCGCAAACCAUAAGACAAGAAGGUAUUAAUAAGUGAAGAGGUGAUAAAUGAGUUAAGGGGAUUCUUUUAUUAAGAAGUUGAGGAAUGCAAUGAGUAGUUAUUUGAGAAAGUGAAAUAGAUAAUGAAUGAUUUAUUAUAAAGUGUAUUUAGAUAAGACAAGAGAAUUUGGAUAAAUAGAGUAUAGAAUGCAAAACCAGAGGAUGUUUUAUAUUUAGAGGGAUUAUAGAAAUAAUUCAGAAAUAUGUAAGGAAGUAAAUGUGAGAUAAGAAAUUUGAGUAGAAAGAUAUUGUAAACACCUUAAUUGAGUAAAUGCUUUGUUAGAUUAUUGGAAUGA